AUGGUUGUCACAGGAAGACUUUUCCUUUGGGCCUUGUUAGUGGCCUCCUGUUGGGCAGAGCUGAACUACACUGAGGCUGAAGGUGGAUCAAGCUGCAGGGCCAGUCUGGGCGGGGCCAGUCUGGGAGAGACACACAGAGCCCUGAUCCUGCAACUGGAUGGGAGUGAGAACUGCACCUGGACCAUUGAGAGACCAGAAAACAGGAGCGUCAGGCUCAUCCUCUCCCAUGUGCAGCUGAAUCCAGAUGCAAGUUGUGAAAGUGAAAACAUCCAAGUGUUUGAUGGCAGCUCUACCAGUGCUCCUCGGCUCGGGAAAGUCUGCAGCAGAAAUGACUUCGUUCCUGUCUUUGAAUCGUCUUCCAGUUCACUGACUUUUCAAGUUGUCACUGACUGGGUGCAAAUCCCGAGAACUAUCUUCAUCUUCUACUACUUCUUCUCCUCCGAAGCCUCUAUUCCAGACUGUGGUGGUUAUUUGGACGCCUUGGAAGGAUCCUUUACCAGCCCCAACUACCCAAAGCCACAUCCUGAGCUGGCUUAUUGUGUGUGGCAUAUCCAAGUGGAGAAAGAUUACAGGAUAAAAUUAAACUUCAAAGAGAUUUUCCUAGAAAUGGAUGAACACUGCAGGUUCGAUUUUAUUGCAGUCUAUGAUGGCUCCUCUACCACAUCUGGCCUGAUGGGGCAGAUCUGUGGCCGUGGGACACACACAUUCGAAUCUUCCUCAGACUCCUUGACUGUCGUCUUAUCUACAGAUUAUGCCAAUUCAUACCGGGGCUUCUCUGCUUCUUAUACUUCAGUUUAUACAGAAAAUGUCAACACUACAUCUUUAACGUGUUCUUCUGACAAGAUGAGAGUUAUCAUCAGCAGAUCUUACCUAGAAUCACUUAGGUACAAUGAGAACGACUUGCAACUAAAUGAUCCGACAUGCAGACCCAAGGUGUCAAACGUUGUGGAAUUUGCUAUCCCUCUGGAUGGAUGUGGUACAGUCAAAAAGGCUGAAGACCAUUCAAUUAUUUACACCAAUGUAAUCACCUUUACAACAUCCUCGACUUCUGCAGUGAUCACCCGUCAGAAACAUCUCCAGAUUGUUGUGAAGUGUGAGAUGGAAUACAACUCCACCGUGGAGCUCAUGUACAUGACUGAAGAUGAUGUCAUACAAAAUCAAAACGCCCUGGGCAGAUACAAUACGAGCAUGGCUCUUUUUGAAUCCAAUUCAUUCCAAGACCCUAUACACGAGUCACCGUAUUACGUGGACCUGAACCAGACUCUCUUUGUUCAAGUCAGUCUGCACAGCUCAGAUCAAGACUUGGUUGUGUUUCUGGAUACCUGCAGAGCCUCUCCCACGUCAGACUUUGCAUCUCCGACCUAUGACUUAAUCAAAAGUGGAUGCAGCCGAGAUGAGACGUGUAUGAUCUAUCCCUUAUUUGGGCGUUAUGGAAGAUUCCAGUUUAAUGCCUUUAAAUUCUUGAGAAGUCUGAACUCUGUGUAUCUGCGGUGUAAGGUUUUGGUGUGUGACAGCAAUGACAUGGAAUCUCGCUGCAAUCAAGGCUGUGUCUCUAGAAGGAAACGAGAUGUUUCUUCAUACAAGUGGAAGGCUGAUUCCAUCAUUGGACCCAUUCGUCUGAAAAGGGAUCACAGUGCAAGUGGAAAGUCAGGACUUCUGCCUCAAACACAUGCAGAAGGCAGUCAGGAUCAGCGGCCUUUCGACAGUCUGCACCUGUUCUCGUUCCUGGUCCUUGCUCUGAACGUGGUGAUUGUGGCCUCAGUCACGGCGAGGCAUUUUGUACACAAGCGGACAGACUACAGAUACCGAAGGCUGCAGAACCAUGCUGCUCACGCUGCGAAGGCGCAGUCCCCCUGGGCAGAGGACUGUUACCUCAGAGGUUCAGAAUAA